CAGCUGUUUUCAGUCCACAGCGUCAUUUCACUACAACUCCCAGCAGCCAUCGCGCAGCCGGAAGUCGUGAAACUUCUGUCAAAAGAAGAAGAGGAGGAGGAGGAGCCACUGCAGCUGAAGAUGAUGAAGAGUAAACCUGAUGAGGAAGACUACUGGAACAGCUCCAAGUUUAAAGCGUUCACCUUUGAUGAUGAAGACGAUGAGUUCAGCAGGUUGAAGGAGUCGAAACAGGCGGUGAACAGCAUCCGUCGACUGGUGGAGGAAGAUGAUGAUGAAGACGACGUAGAGAAGGUCAGCUGGAGCGGAGAACCUGUCGGGAGUAUCUCCUGGUCGGUCAGAGAGACAGCGGCAUCCAAUCAGAGGACGGACAGAGAGCCCGCCUUCCCCAAGAUCAACGCCGACACUCCAACCGUCAGCAGGAGUCACUCAGGUUACUCCCUGAGUUCCCUGUUCAAAGGAAAAACUAAAACAGGAAGCUUCCAGUUCUCCGACUCUCUCAGUGACUCGUCUGUCAGACUCUACGCUCCUGAGCUCCGAAAACCCAAAUCUGAAUACAAGGACUAUGUCAGUGAUUGGUCGCCUGAGGAGACGGUUCACAGGAUGCAGCAAGGAAAGGCUGUGUCUCUGGAGAAGUUCCGGUCUCUGCAGGACAAACUGUUGCUCCUGGAUUUCUCCAUCAGCGCUCACGAUGGAAACGUCAUCACUGCUGUGUUGAUUUAUUUGAAGAGGACGCUCAGUAAAGAGGUUUUGUUUCGGGAGCUGGAGUCCAGACAGACGGCUCUGAGACACUUCAUCCACUACCUGACUGAAACUAGAGACCAGAGGCUGCUGCUGGAGCUGCUCAGAGCUCUGGGCAGGACGGAGGACAUUGCGCUGCUGCAGUAUAAAGAACACCUGAGCAUCGCAGAUGAAAACAAGAGACGGGACUUCCUGAAGAGCUGCCUCAGUCUUCCAUUUUCUCCAGAGGACUCGGCUCAUGUUCAGGACCACUACACCCUGCUGGAGAGACAGAUCAUCAUCGAGGCGACAGACCGUCAGGCUGAGCGUGGAGGGAAGGUGGAAAUUUUCCAGAAGUUUCCCAGAAGAGCUUCGAUCCUCAACAUGCCGCUGAUCACAACCCUGUACUACUGCUGCUUCUACCACUACACCGAGUCCGAGGGAACCUACAGCAGUCCUUUGAAUGUUCGUCAGACCUUCAGGAUUUCAGAGAAGCAGUUCUUUGUGACGGCGUUGGCAGCGAGGGCGAAGCUGAAGGCGUGGGUGGAUGUUGACGCUCUGUUCACCAGCAGGAACUGGCUUGGCUUCACCAGGAAGAAGUCACCCCUCGGCUUCCAUCGAGUCGUCGACAUCCUGCAGAAAAACUCCGCCCCCACGCAGGUGCUGCAGGAGUAUGUGGGGCUGGUGGACGACGCCGAGCUCAGGAUCAGUCUGGCUCAGAAACAUAAAUGUCACGACAUCAUCAUCAAUACGUACCGGGACCUGAAGGACCGGCAGCAGUUGCUAGGGUACCGAGGGAAGGUGGAGCGAGGAUCAGUGGAGGAGAGAAAGAUCAACGAGCUGCUCGACAACCCGCAAAUCCGGUGGAAGAACUGAAACGAUCCUAAAAAAAAAAAAAAAAGCUUCGCUGAAAGACUUUUAUUUUGAAACAACAGUGACAGUUUCCUGUGUGGAGAAGCGUGAAGGUCGUCUGUCACUGUGACAACAGGAACGUCCAAUCAACUCGCAUCUGCUUCAGUCUCAUUGGUCGAAAAGAAGAGGCCUGGUUUGACUCCUUCCCCCACAGAACACGGGGUGGGUGGAGCUUAUGUUUCUCCUGACUCAUCAAUGAUAACUCUCAAUGACUCAUCGAUGAGUCAUCACUUCAACAUUCCAAGAGGACGUUUGUUUAAAUGUGAUGAAUAAAAAUAUUUAAAAAUGUGAA